UAUGAGUUCAGCUAAGCGUUUAUGGUAAAUUUUGCAUUCAGUGCCCAUCCCUCCGGUGGUACUAAAGAUCAGGGGCGUAAAGGAUCCUUGCUCUAUUUCCAAUACUCUACUGGCAUACUUUCAUUUCUUCUCAUUUUUGGGCUGUUUAAAGACUUGCUCAGGUGUCCUCUCAUGAUAGGAGUCAGCAUAAGGGUGGAAUACCCGGACAUCAAAGUAUGCAGACUUCUGUCGCUCCCAGAAACCUCUGGCUAGAAUAUCAAGACCAGCAUCUUGGGAAGUAUUGGCCCCAUUAUUCAAAAUUUCUCCUGUAAUCUGCUGCAGGGGAGGCUCGAUUUCCACAUCUUUACAUAUGGUGCUAAGCAGUGCCGCCUCCAGGUCUCUGAUCUCAUUGUGGCGUUGUGUCACAAAUCCGCCAUUUCUGCAGGUCAUCGCAUGGUCCACGUCAAAGAUGUCACCACAGAUGCACCGGUUUGGGAUGUCAGAGAAUUCCCAAUUAUAUCUCAGCUUAAGGGCAUCUCUAAAUUCUCCUUUAUUGAGAUCGUAUCCUAGGUCUUUUAACGGGAUGACAGUGAGCCAACUGGAGGCACCUCUUUCUGAUGCUUGUUCUUUCACUUUGAGCAAGUUCGGUGUUAACAUGUUAUUUACCCUCAUUUCAGAUUCUUUCAGGGCCUCAUGUUUCUUAGCUAUUGUCUGGGACUUUGCAGCAUUGUUAUCUGCUUCAUCUGGAGUGUGGUGAUCUUGAUGUAUGAUAUGCUGAGUCAGUGGUCUAGUAACAGUUACUGAGACUUCGUACUCUUGAGAUGCCAAUUCUACAGGGUUUACGAUACCAAGUCCACCCAAAUGCACUGGGAGAGCAAAUAUCACAAAGAAAAUACUUUUGUUACAAAUACCUCCGAUAUGUAUGGGAUGAAGACCAUGGAAGGUUUCACCUUCUGAGGGGCCUUGAUGGUGGAUCUCAUCCCAGAUUAUUCUUCCAAUGUUUGUCUGGAUUAUCAUCAGAUGAAGUUCAACUCAGACAGAAAAUCUAUGGCCCAAAUGUUAUUGAUGUUACUGUGAAGUCAUAUGGGAGGCUUUUCCUUGAAGAGGUUGCAGAUCCCUUCUAUGUGUUCCAGUUUUGCAGCAUUGUUUUAUGGUCAACCGAUGAUUACUACUACUAUGCUCUUGCUAUUUUGAUAGUCACAAUGGUUUCAAUAACAAUCACAGUAUACCAAACAAAAAUGCAUCUACAGAGAUUGCGAAGCAUGGUGGCGGUGUCAGAGAGAGUCACUGUACUGCGAAAUAAUGCAGAUGAAAUGGAUGUAUUAUCUGAGGAACUUGUUCCUGGUGAUGUGCUUGUUAUUCCACCUAAUGGAGCACAAGUUCACUGUGAUUCUGUCCUUAUCAGUGGUAACUGUAUAGUCAACGAGAGCAUGUUAACAGGUGAAAGCGUCCCAGUCACAAAGAUUCCAUUGCCUUAUAUAAAGGGAUUAUCAAAUAGUCCUUUGGAACAGAGAGAAGAACAGUAUAACCCAGAGCGGCACAAGAGACACACUCUCUUUAAUGGUACUAAUGUCAUACAAACCCGUUAUUAUGGAAAUGCGAGAGUGCUAGCAGUUGUUGUUAGAACAGGAUUUUCCACAACCAAGGGUGGCUUAAUGCGUUCCAUUCUUAGUCCAAAACCAGUUGGCUUCAAGUUCUUCCGUGAUUCUAUGCGUUUUAUUGGCCUUAUGACAAUUCUUGCAAUGGUGGGAUUCUCUUACAGUAUGUACACCUUGGUGCUGAAUGGGAUGUCUGUUGGAAAAAUUGUGCUGAAAUCUCUAGACGUCAUCACAAUUGCUGUUCCACCUGCUUUACCUGCAGCAAUGUCGGUGGGGAUUGUCUAUGCACUUCAGAGGUUAAAGAAAAAACAGAUCUACUGUAUCAAUCCAUCAAGAAUCAGUGUAUGUGGAAAACUCAAGCUGUUCUGUUUUGAUAAGGUGAGGUGGCAAAGGAAGAAUAAGACUGGAACAUUAACAGAAGAUGGUUUGAAUCUACUGGGAGUAUUGCCAGUGCAUUCUGCAGGAUUUGGUAGAGUGGCUCCAGGUGCAAAAAAUAUUCCGCAAGGGCCGAUAUUAGCUGCGAUGGCAACUUGUCAUUCUUUGACAAUGAUUGAUGGCAGAUUGAGUGGUGAUCCUCUGGAUCUGAAGAUGUUUGAAGCAACUGACUGGAUUCUCGAGGAGCCAGGAGAAGACAAUACAAAGUUUGACAAUAUAGUUCCCACAAUUGUUAAACCCAAAACUGCUGAAGAGUUCAUUGUUGAGUAUGCUUUGAAAGGGCAUACUCCUUAUGAAAUAGCUGUCGUUCGACAGUUUCCAUUUUCUUCAGAUCUGCAGCGUAUGAGUGUUGUGUGUCGUACGCUUGGUGCCCCCAAUAUGGAUGUUUAUGUGAAAGGUGCUCCAGAGACGAUUACAACUCUGUGCCAACCACAAACAGUUCCAGGAGAUUUCACUAAUAUACUGCAGCAUUAUACCAUGAAAGGUUACAGAGUGUUGGGUUUGGCAUGGAAACCAUUGGAUUCUAAACUGUCAUGGCAUCAGGUCCAAAGAGUUACACGGGAUCGAAUCGAGUCAGACUUGUUACUUCUGGGACUUUUGAUUUUUCAAAACGCAUUGAAACCCCAAAGUUAUCCUGUGAUACGAGCGCUUCAAAAUGCUGAUAUUAGAACUGUAAUGGUGACAGGUGAUAACAUGUUAACGGCUGUGAGCGUGGCUAGAGACUGUGGAAUGAUUGCACCGUCACACCAGGUUAUUGAACUAAGUGCCAAGCUAAGUGAGGACCACUCCCACGAACUUCAUGUCAAGUGGUGUGUUGUUGGAGCUGUUCAAAGUGGCAGCCAUGACUAUGAAUCUGAGUAUAAUAACGCAGAUCGUGGAAGACGAUGCUUUCACGUGGCAGUUUCAGGGAAAACGUUUGCCCUCAUUAGAAUUCACAAGCCUCAGCUAUUUAAUAAGGUGCUCGUAUCAGGAACUGUAUUUGCACGAAUGUCGCCUGACCAGAAGACGCAUCUAAUUCAAGGGUUGCAGAAUCUCAAUUACUGUGUUGGGAUGUGUGGAGAUGGAGCUAACGAUUGUGGGGCUCUCAAGGUGGCACAUGCGGGAAUUUCAUUGUCAGAAGCAGAGGCCUCUGUUGCCUCUCCAUUUACCUCAAAGAUACCACAUAUUGAAUGUGUGCCUGCUGUUGUAAGGGAAGGCAGAGCAGCUCUGGUAACAUCAUUUGGAAUUUUUAAGUACAUGGCGCUUUACAGCAUCGUGCAGUUUGUUUCUGUUCUUUUACUUUAUUCGAUUUCUUCUAACCUUGGUGACUGGCAGUAUUUGUACAUUGAUUUAGUCGUUAUUACAAGUCUGGCUGUCGUCAUGGGUAAGACACAGGCGUAUCCAGUUUUGGUGGCUAAGAGACCUGGUGGAAGUCUUAUGUCUCCCAUCGUUCUUUUUUCACUGAUAUCCCAUAUUGCUGUCCAAACCAUCGUGCAGGUUGCUGGAUUUUAUUACGUACAGUCCCAGUCUUGGUUUAGCGCCGUCCACGUUACGGAUAAGAAUGCUACAUAUGUGAAAUGUCAUCAGAAUGCUGUUUUGUUUGCACUUUCUUCUUUCCAAUAUAUUCACCUGGCAGUAGUCUUCUCUGGCGGAGCUCCUUAUCGUCAACCAUUUUAUAAAAGUGGGUAUUUUCUUUUGGUCGUGGUAUUUCUAACUGUGUUUACGGGAUUUUUAGUUGUUCUUCCAGGAGAAACAUUGCAGCAUUUUUUUCAGCUAGCAACCAUCCCAGAUAAAAUCUUCAGAUGGACGCUUGUUGGUAUUGCUGCAUGCAAUUGUCUCAUUUCUCUAUUCAUUGAGAUGUACAUUGUUCCGUCUCAAUGCCUAAAGAAAGUGCUGAAUCGGCUUUUUUGCAAAACUCACCCAAAAAACUACUUCCGAAUUUUGCAGCGUCAACUAGAGCAGGAUUUUGACUGGCCUCCAUGUCAAAGCUAAUCCAGCUUGUGUACUUUGAAUUUUUUUAUGUAAUCAGAUGCAGGUGUAGGGCAGCAUAUGUACCUUUAGAUAAGUUAGUAAUGCAUUUGUACUUUUAUUUGUAACUUAAAAUUUAAAGUUAAGUGGAGAUGCCUAGUGAUAUAGUUACUAACAUUCGUUGGCUACGCUUCUCUUGGUUUGAAUAUGAAGAUGUUUUAAGAAAGACGAAACUGCACUCCAUGUUGAUAAAUACAGCAGAACUUAUUAACCAGACUGUUAGGUUACAAAACCCAUCGCCCUUUUUUUCCUGUUACAUCCUUUCUCUCAAAUUUUAUCAGAAGAGUGGAUUCAGCUUUGGAAUUGUCUGAACUUACAGGAGCUUGCAAGAAUACGCAUGUGAAUGGACCAUGCUAGUUUUGCUAAUUUACUUAGUCUAGGAAGAUCAUGACCUUUUAGAAAUGCCAUACAAGUUUGAUAAGUUUGCAUAUAGUCUAUGUCAAUAAUAGUAUCUCGGGUUAUCAGGGAAAGGUAAAAAGCAAAGAAAACUAUGUAGAAAAGGGAAAAGAUUGGUCAUUUGUCAAUAUAAGAAAAACAACGGUAUAGCCCGUCAUGAUAGUAUUUUGCUGUAGGAGAAAAAACAAAGUUCGAUAUGGCUUGCAAGGGUAUUUCAUCAAUCUUAGCGUGACAUGAGUGUUUAUUAGAGUCCUUUUUAUACGUAUGAAUAAACACGAGUGUGAUUCAGGUCUCAUCAGAAAGAAUUAUGUUUAAGACAAUUUGUUUAUUUAACAAGCCCUAUUCAAAUGCACCUUUUAAACUCUACAAAACAUUUGAAUAAAACAAUUUUAACAAGAGGA